AUGGCUCUGGUCAACCGCUUGAACAUCGACUUCACUACGGACGUGCGGGAAGCUUUUACAACCGACCCGCGUACGGAGAUGUUGUGCGAGAUGAUGGCGGUCCCGAGUCCAAUUCAAAUGGGCAUUUUGACAAUACUUAAAUGGGUAUUCUAA